AUGACUCAAGAACUGGAACGAGUUUUCGCAGACUUGGGCCUGGCCCAAUAUCUCGAUGCAUUUAUCGACCAAGGCUUUGAUGCCUGGGACACUAUUCUUGAUAUCCAAGAAUCGGACCUAGAUGCCUUGGGUGUAAAGUUGGGGCACCGAAGGAAAUUGCAACGGCGUAUUGCAAAUGCGAGGGGUAUUGCACCAAGUGUGUCCUUGAGCUCGUCGGCCAAGCAGAGUUUGGACGAGUCGAAGCAGGAUGGACUGAGGCGAGAUUCGGCUCGAACGGAUGGGAGUUCAGAGACUAAUGGUGUCACGAAGAGAAAAUAUCGACGCCACCCUAAGCCGGACGAAAAUGCUCCUGAGCGACCUCCUUCUGCUUAUGUCUUGUUCUCGAAUAAAAUGAGGGAAGACCUCAAGAGCCAAAAUCUCACCUUCACGGAGAUUGCCAAGUUGGUAGGGGAAAACUGGCAAAGCCUUCAGCCAGCUGAGAAAGACAUCUAUGAGAGUCAAGCCAAUGCCGCCAAGGAGAAAUACCACCGGGAGCUAGCGGAAUACAAGAAGACAUCGGAAUACCGCAAGUAUGCCCAGUAUCUUCAUGACUUCAAAGAGAGACAAGCCAAGCAGUACAAAGGACAGGAUGCUUCAAAGAGAGCCAAGGUUGAGCCUGCCAGGCUGCGUCAUGGUAGCACGAGCAGCAGCGCAACACCAAACACAACCAACUCAAGCGCAAGUGGCAGCAGCAGCGAGCGACUUCAAGGAAGCGAGCCGCCACCAACACGAAGAGAACGUGUGGACUCCACGGCCUCAAUUGCUGGAUCUCAACAUUCCUCUGCUGCACCGACUCCCAUAUCGGCACAUAAUUCGUACGAUGAUGCUGGUCCAUCUCCAAGAACGAUGCAUUUCGAUAGCGGAAGCCCAAUCGAACCCCAUCCACAUUCCCGUCACCAAUCCGUAAUCCGAGGAAAGCCUCGAGCCGAAUCAACGCAUCACCUGCCCUCUCUUUCUGAUAUGUUCGACUCCAGACAAAAGGCAAUUGUUCACCCAACAAGUGCGGAAGGGCUUUCCUAUGCUAGUCGGCCAGCCAAUAGCUCCACGCGGACAUCACUUGAUGGUGCCUCCAUUUUAUCUGGGGGGCGGACUCCUGCAUUACGGCACGAGCCCUCAUCGAAUGGCACCAAUACAUCGGGUAGUUCUGUCGGAAGCUUUGGUCGGCCACUGGGAGACGGACCACUACCGAUCCACGCUUUACUCUCAGAUCGCACCUCGGUUGGUUCUCCAGCCCUUGAACAGCAGACUAGCCCAGUUCUAGCCAGUACCAAUGGUACGUUAAAAUCCCAACAGCCGCCAAUAGGCUUUGCUCAGGGUCCAAGCGGUUAUGGCUUUCAAUCUGACUCCUCACCAUUUCACCACAUGAAAGUUGAACAAUCAAGUGAGGGAGAUGUGGUGAUGACAACUGAUGAGACGGCCCCCGUUCAGAGGGAACCCCGCAGAACGAAAGACAGUUUAAACGGUAUGGAUGCCCUGCUGAGAGCGGGCGAGAUUGUGGGACGUGGUGGUCGAAGAUAG